CAGAAAGCACAUGGACUGAGUCACGGCUGCGUGGGUAUUAGAGCAGCACUCGGGAAUGUUACUCGACCCGGGGUGAACGUACUGGCUCCUGUGAGAGACGGGGAAAGCCGACAGCGCCGACCGUGGAGGGAGACCCUCCAAGUUCGACAGCUCUCCCCGAAAACAAGCUGGAUUGCUCAGCCACAUGACAAAGGGAUGGCAGGUACAUGUAAGCCAGACCGGGUAAGGAGAGCAGAUUUCCUGAUGAUCGCGAACAAGAUGUCCAUUGAGAACGUGGUCCAGUUUGCAACCUGUAUGAGUGGGUAACCUUCGCCAUGGCCGUCCCCCUCAGCAAUGCCAGCUCCCAGCAUUGUAUGCAGGAGAGUCAUGAGGAGAACCUCUUCUUCUCUUCCUUCUACGGGGUGGUCUUUGUGCUGGCUUUCGUGGGCAAUAUCCUCGCCGUGUGGGUCUUCUCCUGUGACAAGAGCUCCAACACCACCACCAACAUCUACCUGAUGCACCUGGCGGUGGCCGACCUGUGCUACGUCCUGAUCCUGCCCAUGAGGAUGGUAUACCACCUCAGCCAGAACCACUGGCCCUUCGGUGAGGUGCCCUGCCGCAUCACCGGCUUCCUCUUCUACCUGAACAUGUACGCCAGCAUCAUCUUCCUGACUGGCAUCAGCGCCGACCGCUUCCUGGCCAUCGUCUACCCGGUCAAGUCCAUGCGUGUCCGGAAGCCCCUCUACGCCAACGUGGUCUGCAUCGCCUUGUGGGUAGUCAUUGUGGUGGGCGUGGCACCCAUGCUGGGGGCACCACAAACCCUCCAGGUGGGCAAUGCCACCACCACCAAGUGCCUCCAGCUGUACAGGGAGAAGACCUCCAGCGUAGCCUUGGUGCCCCUGACGGUGGGCUUUGUGGUGCCCUUUGUGAUCACGGUGACCUGCUACUUGUUGAUCAUCCGCAGCCUCCGCAGGGGUAACCGCAUCGAGAGGCACCUCAAGGACAAGGCCAUCAAAAUGAUCAUCCUGGUGCUCACCAUCUUCCUCAUCUGUUUCGUGCCCUAUCACAUCAACCGUUACGUCUACAUCCUGUUUGCCGGCACUGCCCGCUCCAGCUGCUGGGACAGGAAGCUGAUUGCCCUCAGUAACCGCAUCACUUCCUGCCUGACCAGCCUCAACAGCUGCCUCGAUCCCGUUGUCUACUUCUUUGUUGGGGAGAAGUUCCGCGAGAGGUUCUGUCACUUUGUGUGCGGCCACAGGAAGCGAGCGCAGACUGUCAGUCACGAGACCAAAACCAAUGAGAGCUCGCUCAGCUGUAAGUCUGAGCUGUAAGCUCAUUGGGAACCAGCCAACCACUGCUUCAUUUCACUGCAACUCAUUGCUCUAUAGGCGCUGAUCCGUGUGACUGAGUGUCAGGGUGUGCGAGGGUGUGAGGGUGUGCGAGGGUAUGAGUUGUAUGUGAGUCAACGUGAAAGUGGAUGUGAGUGCGUGAUAAUGAGUGUCUGAGUGAGUGUGUAAAUGGAUUGUGAGUGUGAUAAUGAGUGUCUGGGUGAGUGUGUCACAGGGUGUGAGUGUGAGUGCCCAUGUAUUUGGUGAGUUGCCAGCAUUGACUCUGCCAGUGCAUGCAAGGUUGAUGACCUUUCCAUUGGAACUCAUCGCAGACUUUGUCUUUCUCACCACCCAAGCUCCUUCCUCCCACUGACUCAUACACACAAACUCUCAAACACACACACGCACAUGCACACUCUCACCCACCGACACCCCGCCUCCCCCCCCAACACACACACACAUACACACACACAUACAAGCACACAUACACAUACUCUCUCUUGCUCUCUCUCACACACACACACACACAGACACAGACACAAAUACACACAAACAUCUUUUCUCUCACAUAUGCACGCACAUUGUCUCUCACACACACACAUCACAUACACACAGACACAAGCACAUGCUCUCUCUCUGUCUCAUACACACUCUCACACAGUUUUUUCUCUCUGUCUCCUUUUCUCACUCUCUCACACACACAUUAUCUCUCUUUCUCUCUCACACACAUUCUCUCUCACACAUAUACGCGCACACUCUCACACACACAUGCUCUCUCUCUCACACAUUCUCUCUCACACAUAUACACGCACACUCUCACACACACAUGCUUUCUUUCUCUCUCUCACACACACACAUAUAUGUACCUACUCUCUCACACACAUAUACGUCCACUCACACACAUGCUCUCUCUCUCUGUCUCACACACACACAUAUGCUCUCUCUCUCACACACACAUGCUUUCUCUCUCACACACACACAUAUACGUAACUACUCUCUCUCUCUCUCACACACACACACUCUCUCACACACAUACAUACACCUCACACACACAGUUGCUCUCUCACACACACAGCAAAAGCUGCCCAUGUUUACACACAGGAGCACCAUCUGAGGAGAACUCAGCACUGUUCUGCCAACAACUGGCACAACAAACUUAUGUCUCCCCAUCCAUCCCUGAAUAAGCUAUAGCACCAGGCACAGUCAUAGUCAUUACAGCAUUCUGACAGGCCACUCAGCCUAUUGUGCUAGUAUUCAAUGCAGCUAUCGAUUAGCCUGCUCUUUCCCCAUAUUGUUUUAUAUUCUGACCUUUUGCACAUAAUUCCCAUUUUAAAUGACGUUAUAUCUUUAGCAGCAAGAAGCCCUGCAAAUAAAUAUUACAAUCCCUCAUGACAAAUCUCCAGUUUGUCUCCAUCAGUAACAAAGCUCUCCGAACCUACCACAGGAAUCAACCUGGCACUGUUUACCCUCUCUACAUCUGCAUUGCUUUUAAUAAAAAGAGAAAUACUUUGUGUAAGCCUCUUCCUCAGUCUCUGGCCCUCAUCCCUGGAACAUUCCACUGGAGUUUAGGAGAAUGAGAGGUGAUCUCAAUGAAAUGUAUCAGAUUCUUGCACAGCUUGACAGGGUCAAUGCUGAGAGGACGCUCCCCACUAAUGGGACAGUCUAGAAGGCACAGACUCAGGGUUAAGGGCCACCAAUUCAAGACUGAGGUGGAGAGGAGUUUCUUCCCUCGGAGACUCUGGAAACCCUUGCCACAGACAUCAGUGAGGGACAGAGUCUUUGGGUCUAUUUAAGGCUGAGAUAGAUAGAUUCCUGAUCAGUCGGGGAAUGAAAGGUACCAGGGAAAGUGCAGGAAAGUGGGCGUGAGGAAUGUGGGAUUACCAUGAUCCUGUGGAGUGGCAGAGCGGGCUCCUCCUGUCCAAAAUUUCUGACCAUUUUAUUAACGAUCCUUGUUCCCGCUCAGUUUGUGUAUAAUCGCUCGUGUGAGCAAGGUAUAUGGAGCAUUAUUCUAACAGGAGCCAGUGGGUUAUCAUUGAUGCAGACUCAGUAUUGCUGAGGGAUUCAUAUAUGUCUGAUGUAUGGAUCGAAGGUCAUUGCAUAACCACACAAUAAACAGCAGCUCGCUCUCAUAUGAAUAUUA